AUGAAUUUUUCUCAACAAUCGCUUAACCAAAUGUUUUAUUGGAUUUAUUUAUUAUCGAGUCCGUUGACUUCUAAUAUGGCAGAAAGUUUCAAUGAUUUUUUGGCAGGAUAUGUCAGUGGUGUAAUGGGAUUAAUUGUUGGAAGCCCUUUAGAUGUUCUAAAGGUACGAUUACAAACAAUGCAAUCCGAUUCUCCAUCAAACACACUUUAUAAGUCAUCAACCUUGAAAAAUUUGAUGAAAAUGAAACAAACGGAAGGGUUCAAAUCAUUUUUUAAAGGUGUUGGUUCGCCGAUAAUAGGUCUCGCAUUCUUAAACUCAAUAUUAUUUACCUCUUAUGGAAGUAUUUUACGUUUAUUUGAAAAAAUUGAUAAGUCAUCACAGAGGAUACCAUCUUUAGCUCAGGUGUAUGUAGCUGGUUUUGGUUCUGGCAUUGCAUGUUUUAUUGUUAGCACACCAACAGAGUUGGUUAAAUGUAGAGCUCAAGCUGUUAAGCAAAAAGAUUUGACGAUGACAUCAUCCACUACGUGGAAUGUAUUUAAAGAUGUAAUUCAGACAAGAGGAGUUAGAGGUCUUUAUCAAGGCGGUCUUAUAACAAUAAUUCGUGAUGCUCCAGGUUAUGGCGUUUAUUUUUGGACUUAUGAAGUACUUAAGCGUUCAAUGAACGUAACAUCAGAUAAUUUUGAUCGUAGUAAUGGUCCGAAGUUACUUUUCUCUGGUGGAAUGGCCGGCGUCCUCUCUUGGGCUAGCAUUUAUCCUUUAGAUGUCAUUAAAUCACGCAUACAAACACAACAACAACCUUUAUCAAAAUCUAUCAUGAACAAAACAGUGACAUCAUCAUCUGUUUCAUCUGCUUCUUAUUCUGGCAUUAUUGAGUGUGCUACACGUUCUUAUAGAAAUGAAGGAAUUUCUGUAUUUUUUAAAGGAAUUACGCCUACACUUGUAAGGGCUUUGCCAGUAAACGCAGUAACUUUUUAUGUUUAUGAAAUUAUGAUUCACUGGUUGAAUACUUUUCAAAAUUAA